GUAACUUGACGCAGCUAAGCCUGUUCACUUCUGGCUUCGUGGCUCAUUGAAUUCGUUAGCUAACGUUUAUUUGUCGAUAACGUUGAACUGCAUAAGGGAAAAUGUCGUAUUUAUUAGUCACGUUUGUGGCUAUAGUGCUGCUAAGUUCGGAGGCCUCUGGGAAAAGCGUUACGGGACUUUUUAACAGCGAAGCAGCGAGACAGCAGAAUGGCCAGUUCAUCACUAAAUUUAUGUACCAAGGUGAUAAUGGUAUGUUGGUGAUCAGGCUGGACAAUUCUGCUCUGGCUACAGAGAAGGAGUCCAGAUUGCUGCUGUAUAAGGAUAUGGACUCAAGCCUUGACAACCUAAACUGCUCUGAGAGGCUCGCUAAAGCUCACAUCCCCGUUUCUCUCAGUGACCAAGAACACAACCAGACGAUCCCUCGUCAGUCCUCUCCUACAACCUGGCAGGCCCUAUAUGCUGACAGAUACACAUGUCAGGAAAAUGCAGUGAUUCCUUCCCACGCUGAUCUCAGUUUUACCAUCUUGUUGUUUAACGCCGACUCGGCUGGAAAUCCUCUGGAGCACUUCAGCGCAGAGGAGGCAGGUCUCCAUAGUUUUUACUUCCUCCUCCUGCUGGCCUACUUCAUAGCCUGCUGUAUCUACAUCCAGCCUCUGCACCAGGCUCUGAGGAAAGGAGGUCCCAUGCACACUGUCCUCAAAGUGCUGACCACCGUGCUGGCAUUACAGGGCUUCUCCGCUCUCUGCAACUACAUCCACUUCGCCAGGUAUUCCAGAGAUGGUACUGGUAUUCCUCUGAUGGGCAACCUGGCAGAGUUCUGGGAUAUGGUGUCCCAGGUGUCCAUGCUGUACAUGUUACUGAGUCUGUGUGCGGGCUGGACUCUGAGCCGAGGCAGGAAGCCUCAGUCCAGACCUCUGCAGUGGGAACGGUCUCCGGCGUCCACGGCUGUUGCUGUUGGCGGAGUCGUUCUACAGGGGGCGUUGCUGCUGUGGGAGCAGUACUCAGAAUCGGAGAGUCAACAUCGCAGCUACCACACCCCGCUGAGUCUGGCAGGUCUCCUCCUCAUGGCUCUGAGAGUGGGCCUGGCCCUCCUGCUGGCCUCUGUCCUCUACCAGAUCAUCUCCACCGAGCGGAGCACCCUGAAGAGGGACUUCUACCUCUGCUUCGCCAAGGGAUGCUUCCUGUGGUUCCUCUGUCAUCCCGUCCUCUUCGUCACGUCGGCUGUCUUCAACAAGCACCAGAGGGAGAAGGUAGUGACUAUCGGUGUUAUCCUCUGCCAGGCCAUCGCCAUGGUGAUCCUCUACCAGCUCUUCCUGUCUCGUUCUCUCUACUGGGAGGUCUCCUCUCUCUCCUCGGUGUCUCUGCCACUCACCAUGUCCAGAACGAACCACAGGGGGCGCUACUGAGCACAUCCACUCUUGCGCUUUAUGAGCGAGGGGAGAAACAUGCUACAACACAGAGGCGUCCCACCUCCCUUAACGUCCCAGGGUGUCAGAGGAGGGACACCUCCUGAGCAUGAAGACAGAGAGCGGUGUAACACUGCAGGGACCGCUCUCCUUCACUGUUAACUGUUACCUAUUGGUUACUGGUAAGCAAUUUAGCAGGGAACUGUAGCACGGGGUCACAAAAUGACCAGAGGAAGAUAUUUACAGCAACACCCUACCUCUAGUUACUGGAGCCAACAUCUACAUUACUGAGCAGGAGGAAAGCUGUUUAAUGCAAGACGACCUAGAGAAGGGACACGAGGCUUUCCGUGACACGCUGGAUGUCAUAAUAACUAACAGCCAAAAGUACAGCUUGAAAACCGACUCACGCGAGCAUGUUAACCCUCCUGUUGUCCUCGGGUCAAAUUUGACCCGUUUUCAAAGUUUCUAUAUAUUAGAAAUUGGGGUUUUUUUUCAACCUAAUUUCCCAAAAAUAACAUGGAUGGUUCCAUACAAUGCUCUGCUCAAGUUAAAUGAAGGAUCAGUUCACUACUUUCAUUGAAUUGUGGGUGUUUUAUUCAAUGUUAUAGCAUUUGAAAAAAACAGUUGGUUUUAAAAACAGCACCCUGACUAAACGUCUACAUACCUUCCUCUGAUCUUGACUAUUAGUCAAAAUAAUUCACAAUUUCAGCUUUUUAACUCAAACAUUAGAUAUAACUUCAUAUAAAUGACGUUUAUUGACCAUUAGUUCCAGAAAAAAAAAGUGUAAAAAAAAAACUAAUAAAUUGGUGUUAGUCGUGAAAAAAAAAAAAAAAAGCACAGAAAAAAGAGACAGAAAAGUGUCAAUUUUGGACCCUGGAGGACAACAAGUCGACGGGAAGACAACACAAGGGUUAAAGAUGGAUCGCCAAGAUUCAAGAUUUUAGGAUGCGUCUGCAAAUGAAAAAAAAAAAAGAUUGGCUCGUGAUGGAACAAAUACAAUCUUUGUGCUCUUGGCUUUGAUAAUCCCACUUUUAUGUCUUAAAGGAUAAGGCCGGUAUAUUUUUCUUAUUGUCAACAAAUCCCAUGAAAAGCCAAAAUCAACAAUUAGUAUGUCUGUAUUUUUUUUUUACUUUUCAGCCCAGUCUGUGGCCAUUGGUUCCUAUGAAGAUGUUCAUUUUUCAAAACUUGUCAAAAAUAUAUAGUUUCAUUUUCAAAAACGUCUCCGUGAUUUCCUAGAACAGCUGGGCGCCGCAGUUGUGACGCAGAUGCUACUCAAACAGGAGGAGAUUGUGCAUUUCUGGGUACUAUUUUUUUCACCUGCGGAUGAAUCCACAUUUGGUGCUCUGGUGAGUAUUUCUGGCAGCAGGUCCAUGAACGUUGGAUUAAGUCAAAACAAACUACGGUGUGUGUGUGUUCAUGGUAAUGAAGGAAUAUGUCACCCAUGCAACAGUGUGGCUAGUUAAUGUGUUUUUAAUAGUUGUUGGACAACAAUGGAGUUCUAUGGUAAAGAGAAAUGCAAUAUAUCAGGCUUUGGCUCCACAGACAAUACAUUGUAGGUCUUUUCAUGGGUUUUAUUUACAAUAAGAGAAUACUGUAGAUUAGUAUGUGUAUAUUAAUGAAUCAGUAUGUGGUAAGAUUGAUAUGUGACUCUGGUUAAACAGAUUGAGGUGGAGAGACAGUUGGGCGGACUCAAAGAUGGAUAUACUGAAGAACAGACAGGUGGAAGGAUGAAUCAAGUUUGGAAAGAUGGUUACAGUAUGUGGACUGGUAAAGAAAUAGAUUUUCAGUUACCUAUAUUAAAAGGAUUAGUGAGCCAACAGGUCAGUGUGUGCUCCCUGUACAUGAUGGAUCAAGCUGUACUUUAAGUUAUUUCUUCACUCUCAACAUGAAUUUUUGAACUGACAGCAUGUGAACCUUUGGAAUUGUAUAAACUGUAUGUAGCUGGAGACACACUGCACGAUCUUUUAUUUUUCAUUCACUGAACCUUGAGCUGGAGCACACUACCUGGGCCAAUGAUUUCCCCAAUUCCAAACUAACGCUUACCUUUUCUGCCACAAAUUAUUAAGCCCUGGUCUAAGCCCACUAUGACUCCAUGUGAGUGAGGCUCAUUAAAGCAUUAGCGUCGCAUGAAAGCCCAGUGGGAACAGGCCUGCUGUUUCAUUUUGGACUUGACACAUUUCGUAUUGUGAAAAAUGAAAUUCCACUUAACGUAGUGACGGCUGACAUUGAGCGUUGACAUAUUUAUUCAUUCUGUAUUUAUUUUUGUAAGUCAAUAUUUGUAACGUGAAUGAAGAGAAUACAUCUUCUAUGUAUUUUAUUUUGUCCCACGGGCCACAAUGACAAUCUUAUUUUUAUUAGAAAACAACAAAAUAUAAGGCCUCGGUUUGUAAUGUGUGUACUAAACUUUUACCCCUCAAAUUUUUAGAUAUGGUUCAAAUUUAAUUUAAUUCUGUCAUUCCCUUUUUUGCAUUAUGCCCUCUCCAGUUUUUAUUACGUGUAUUUAUUUUCCGAUACAACCCAAACUGUGGAAAUAUGGGAUCUGUGGUCAUUACAACUGUAAUAAAGUAACUGUAAUAAAAUACAUUUUAAGGUAACCUA